AUGAACCUACCAUAUCAUUCAUUUGGUAUCCAGGCUUUAGUUGGAGAAAAGGCUUGUUACCAAUCAGUCUCGAGCUACGCAGGACAGAUUGUGUAUUUGGGCACCAAGGACGUGGUGACCCUUGACCCCAGCAAAUCAGCUGACUUAGUGCUGUUUCAUUUCACCACCGAGGUGCAGCACAUCGUCUCUGAGCUUCAGGAUGAUCAGCUGCUUUUCAAUUUCCUCAACUGCCUCUUGGAGCCACGGGAAGGCCCUCAUUCAGGGUCCAUCUUACCUCAAGAAGGCGACCUCCAUGAGCUCCUGCUGGAUUUAAUGUGCCGCUUCGCCCCAGACCAGCUUCUGAGCUUCCUCCACACCUCCCAGCACUACAGACUAGAAGAUGCAAUACAAAUAACUCAGAAGCACCGCUGCAAUGAAGCUACAGCCUACCUGCUGGAGAUGAAAGGAGAUGUUCAUGGAGCAUUUGCUGUCUCAUUAGAGACACUGAAGGAAACGCUGUGUGCUCUGACUGCUGAGAGCGACAGUGGAGCGAAGGAUGGGAGACGGGACGAGGCUGUAAGAACUGAAUCGGUGCUGAUGAAGUUAAAGGAAUCUGUGAAUGACAUCAUUGUCUUCUGUCAUCGAAGUUGUCAGGGCCUGGAGCAGAAACAGAGAGAGGUUCUCUGGUUUCCACUUUUGGACACAAUGAUGGCGUCUCAGAAACAAGUGAAGGGGCUCAAUGCUAAACACACCUCUGACGUGCUGAAGGAGCUCACGAUGAAGGUUCUCAACGCUAUGAGCAGCUUUAUUUCUUUACCUGCCAUCAUUCAACAGAUCCUGCAGGAUCCAGUGUACGGCAAAGGCAAGCUGGCAGAGAUUCAAGGCCUCAUUCUGGGUAUGCUGGACACGUUUAACUAUGAACAGACUUUACUUGAAACAACCACCAAUCUGUUGAACUACGACCUCCACUGGUCCCUGGCUCACCUGCGUGCUGCUGUCACAAGAGGACUCCACCCACGACAAGACUGCUGUAACAUCUGCCUCCAGCAGUACAAGAGGAGGCAGGAUGCAUCUGAGGAGAUCAUUGUUUUCAGCUGUGGUCACCUGUACCACCUGCAGUGCCUGCAGCAAAAGGACUGUGUGUGGGGCUGUGCGUCAGAGCUGCAGCGGCAGUGGAGGUGCUACAAGUGUUCGGCCAUCCACGGAGGAAGAGUCGGGCCUUCCACUGAACCGAAGAGAGGCCGUAGCACGUCUCUGGCACAGACACACGUGACAUCAGCACGCCAGGACACGGGAGCGUCGGCUCUCAGGAAGAAGGUGUUCGCUGAGGCGACACUGGACCUUCAGCAGGAGCAGUCCUGGGAUGAGAUCCGCUGCUUGUACCGAGGACCAUCCAGGCUGUCCAUCCUUUCAGACGUCUCCCACUGCCACGAGAAAACAGGAUCUCUGUUCUCUGUCCAGCUGGGAACAGAAAGCUUCCAGCUGAAACUCUCUCCUCCGCCUCUCUUCGAAGAAUAACAUCAUGACUGCUUGAGGAUAACGUUUUCCUGUUGCUCUUUUCAACACCAAAGUUUGGGAUUAGCUGAUGUCACAUCUCGCUUUAGUCCCAGUUAUUCCAUCUUUUGUUUGUUUUUCACCGUGUACAACUUUACCCUAAAUGUUGGUUGAGGAAAUGAUGCAGAAGUCUUCAGUUGGAUGAGCUCUGCACCUCACAGGAAGUCUGGCUCGUUUUGAAAUAGAAGUUAAAGUUUGAUGCAAGUUAAACUCUGAGGUGGGACGUCCAGGGAGGGAUCUUUAAAAAAACAUGAAAACAUUGGAUCACAUGUUGUGAAUCGUUGUGAUAAUUCUCAGUGAAGCUUUGCUGCAAAGCUGACUGAACACCUCAAAACUGUUAAUUUACACUAACAUAUCUGUUAAUGACCUGCAAAGAUUUUCAACAUUUUCAAAAAAUAUUAGAAAAAAACGACGUGCUGUGUAAAUGAAAUGAAGCAAUGGUAUCUUUAGCAUAAAAACAAGUAUCCCUCUGUGUGUAGCCUGAGCUUUUCUGUGUAGUGUUGUGAGAGGCAGCGUGUGAUUGUUAGUCGUGGGGAGUCCCUCAUUUAAAACAGGAAAGCUUGGCCUUCUCUGUUUAAAUGAUAAAGAGAUUAGAGGGAAACAAGGAGUGAAGCUCAAAUAUGACUAAAAACCACUUCAGAUGUUGUUUCUGUUGUAGUUAUCCUCCUGCUCCUCAUGCUGGGUUCACAUUAUGGCUUCAUUAAUAAUUCAACCAGAGGCCAGAAUGAUUCAUUCUCCUCUGCUACAUUAUACAGAUGUGCACAUAUACAAGACUCUCAUUAGAAGGUGGAUGUAGUAACUGUAAUGAUUGUGGCUGGAUGUUGUGAUCAUUAUUGUUACUUUAUAACCUUCUUGUAACAGAAAAAGCAGAGGGAGGUUUGGCCCCCGCAGCACUGUUCUGGGUUAUUCAUCUUUACAUUUAAAAAGCUCCCAUCUGAAAACAUCAAAUUUGUCAUCAGUGACAUCACUGAACUUUGAUACUAAAUCCUUAUUUAAUGUUUCUCCUGUAAGAAUGGGGACUUAUCCUCUGCUCAAUAAACCAGCACGUACUGUAGAUAUGUCUCAUGUGUUGUUUGCUCUGUUUGUGUCUUCAGCUCAUCAUUUUGAGUUAAAGUUCUGCAUCACACCAACGUUGCC